GGGCGGAUAUUACAGUUUUUAGAUAAGGCACUAACUGCCUUCUAGCAAGAAACUAGAAGUAGAAGCACAUAAUACGAGUGCGAGUUGUUUUUGUUUCUUUGUAUAGAGCACCAGUUUUCUUUCUUUGUAUUCUCCUUUUCAUUAAACCGUAACAUAGUGGCUUCGCCCUUACUAUCAUUUUUGAUUGCUCUUCACCAGCAGUCUACAAAAGACAAAGAUGUCAUCGUCCACGUCCUCCUACACGGAAGCACUCGAGUGCUAUGUUGACGAGGAAUAUGCCACGUGCAAAGCGUUACUUUUGGGCGCACAGUCCGACGCCAAGAACUGGCGAUCACCGAAGUUGCUUGGUUUGGCACUUUAUCAGUUAGGUGACCUAGAUGCUGCCAGAGGACGCCUUACCACUAGUCUUGAAGCAUUUCACGCCCAAGUCGGUGAAAAUAUGACUCCUGCUGGUGAUCAAACCCUUGUGAGACAAUUAGACGCGCUGAAUUUAGCGUUGGGAAAGGUGUGCUUUUACCAACGGGAUUGGGACGCAGCUAUGAAAUAUUUUGGGAAGACAGAUAGCGCUCUGUGGCAGGCUAAGGUGUCUGCGGCACAAAGCGGAUCCGCUCUACCUCUUAAAGGGUUCAUCAAACAACCUGUGGGAGGUAGUAGCACUACUAGCAUUAAGGCUUCCCGCGUUACAUCCUCCACUAACUUCCUUCCCCUGUUAGUUUUCAAGUGGGAAAUACUGAAUAGGUCAAGGCUGUUCGGAAGAGUGUAAUGCUGCAACCUUUAAUAGCGGCAUCAAGCCGGCAGCUGCUGCAGCAGCAGCAACUUCUACUUCUAGUAUGGGAGAAGUUAGUUCUGCCUCGUCUGCGAGUCCAAGUAGAGCGCCCAAAGUUAAGGCUAUUAUCUCAACUUGCUAUGCAAAAACAGGAUAAGAUGGGUGGGAAAGAACACGAAGAAUAUAUGAACUAUUGUAGAGACGUACUAUUUGUAGAGAACAAGUACAAGAACUAGAGCAAGUGAAAGAUCUCCUCUAACAAGAACACUCCGGUCGCAAAAAAAGCCGAGAAGCAGAAGAAGUCCUUGGACAAUGGUCAUUCUGACGACGAGGACGACAUUGAAAUCGAAGAAGUAGAGGAAGAAAAGACCGAGUUGAAGCCGAUUCGUCACGAGUGGUAUCAGAACAACGAAUUCGUCAUUGUGUCAGUGUAUCUGAAGAACCUACCUGCAGACAAGGUGAAGAUCGGGAUGGGCGACAGAUUUUAAGGCACGAAACAGCACACCGCUUGCGAUCUUGGCCCUUUGAAUACACUACUUUUUAGUUCUAAGAUAAUGUUAUAAGCACUCAGCAUUCUCAUUCACUCGAGUAGACGCUGUAGCUACAGUGAAAAACUGCAUAUUAGCAACACUUAUGAUGUCCUCUCCGUUGCUGUUCUAAUGCACCCUGCAUCUAGAAUACGAACGUGAGGCAUCGGAUCCGCUAUGUGCGAAGGAGGAGGGUUUUGCAAAAGAACUCAGGUUGGAACUGUUCGAGGAAAUCAAUCCUGCAGGAAGCUCUAUUGACCAUGGAAAGGUACUACAACUAGUAUUGUAUCGUAGUAUUAUAGAAGACUGUCUAUAUUGUUGUUGCCAUCGUCAAGUUUAGAAUCUUAUCGACUUAAUUCUUAUCGACCUAAUCCUAAUGCUAAGUCGACAGAUUUCUGAGAAUAUCAGCCUAGUAUAAUCCUUAUCGUCCUUUCUGCAGGUAAAAAUCGAGUUCCGGUUGAAGAAAGCGCAGACGGGGGUCCAGUGGACUGGUCUCACGCCUGUAGCGAAGAUUGUCAACGAACGUCCUCUCGCUUACCCAACUUCGAACAAGCAGAAAAAGAAGUGGGAUGCGGAAUUGGAAGACGAGGAUGAUUAUGAAACAAAUGUUGUAGGUGGUUUUGAGAAGAUCGUAGAAGGAAGUUUGGGUUUAGAGGUAGUCGUUUGUCAUCUUGUGGAAGGAUCAGCAUCGUGUCACUUUGGUUCGCACUGGCUAGACGACCGUUGUAUUGUCUUUUUAGACCCAGACCAAUAUCAGUACUAGUAGCGGAGGAUCAUCUCCGUUGUUUGAAUGGCCAGCUCUAAACUUCAAAGCCAGAAGGAGAUGAAGCAUUAAAUAAGCUUUUCAAGGAAAUCUACGGCAACGCGACAGACGAAACCCGGAAGGCUAUGGUACAGUUUACCUUUAGUUUUGAGAUAUUUUUUGUGUCGACGACCACACUUCCAUGAGUUUGACUUGUCAGAGUCAGAAUGAUGUCUGCACUCGCUUGGGUAUGAUUUUCUUCACUUUCAUCUAGCUGCCCUAGCGCGACUACUGUUCCUGCACGGGCGUCCGCAGUCGCUUCAAGAAGGUGGGCCUACGCUGCCCGAACUUUCGCGCUACCCAUUGCCGACGAGGCCGAGGGCGUCCGUCGGCUGAAAGAAGAGGGAAAGGAGAGGAUCCACCGAGAGGCCAAGGGAAGAAAUGAAGCUCGAAAGCGGAAACGCUUCGCGCGCAGGCCUCGGGAUGCCGACGAAAGGGCCAGCCCCUGCGUUUUUGUUAUCUGGGUGGGGCGCUUCGCAUCUACUUGAAGAGUAUGGGAAUGAAGAAGGAGAGCGCGACACGCAUUGGCAGCCGUGAGACUGAGGACGCGCGCCGCGGUGUGGUCUCUCACCUGCACGGCCGCGGGGCCGUUCACGUUGGUCCGCACAUCAAAGGCACCGGCCUCGCAAAUGGGACAGCCUGCGCCUUCGGUUUUGGGCAGUCGAUGCAUAGCGUGGAACUGAUGACGAAGCGCGAAAAGGGUCGCCAUCUUUUCGGCUCUCGGCCUUCCCCUUUUUUCUCUCCAGGACGCCCUGCGAUCCUUCGCGCUGGCCGCAGAGAAUUGCGCGAAGCCGGCGCACUUGUGGCGUGCGAGAGCAAGCCCGCCAAAGUGGGCGAUGCAUAUCCGUCGGAUGUGAGGCCUUCGAUACAGCAUCGCGAAGGGACGGAAAGAAGGCCGGCGGGGUUACUCGUCGGGGCUAGGGUGAAAGCCUGCCCUUGGGACUGCUCGGGCACUUUACAGCCAGGGGACUGGCCUGCGGCGCCGGUUCUGCUCGGACAGUCGGGCCUUGUCGGUCUUACGUUGUUGGUUCGAGGGAGCUCUGCCCCCGCUGGAUGCGUUGCCUGUGCAUGCUGUGGAGCUGAGCGGCGCAAGCUUGGGGAGAUAGCUGCACCCGGCUGGCUGUGGCCCGCCCCGGGUCGAACGCGAACGCGCCACGCCAGCGAGGAGGGAAACGAGGGACCCAGGACGAGGCGCCAGAAGAGCAGGGACACAGCAGCGCCCGCGCCACUAGAGCUACGCACGCAAGCAAGGGGGGGCGGCCUGGGUGCCGUUGUGUCAAGCGUUCGCGGAAUGCUACCAGGGUCAGCGAAUGGACCCCCAGGACAGGAAAGAGGGCAGACGUAGACGCGUGCGCAAUUCUGGACGGAAGCAGCUGCGCGCUGUUGAAGCAGGUGCGGCUGGGAAAGGCCGCGGGGCUUCGGAGGGAGAUCGUGAGAAGGCAAGUGGGACAAAGGAAAUAGCGCGGAGCAAGUCUCGCGGAAAGUGGGGGCUUGGGUCUGUGUUUUGUUUUUGCUUCAGUUAUGGGCUGUUUAGUGUCAGUCUACCAGAAUGCUUUAAGCUAGUCGGCUGCACUCGUAACUACUUGCUCGUCAUCAUUGACAUCGAACACGAACGCCUUGCUAUGACAAAAACAAAUAUUGAAAGUAGAAGUACUAUGAAGCAAUUACUUGUUGCAGUAUCUCUGAGGUAGUUUGUUAUGGGAGGCACAAGAGACCCCUCAAAAAAGGGACAAGGAGUGCAAAAAAAACAAAGAGGAGGCAUGGAAAAUGACUGCGCCCAAAAAACAACAGGCAGCGCUGACCUUACAUACUGCAAGAGUUUGCUCUCCUUGUGGGGCACAAAGGUUGAAAGUCCUUACUCCUGGCAGAUAGUUCAGGACCAAAGGCGACAUGGCCGGGCAACACUGAAUGGCCACGUCGUUGUAAUAUCUUCGAAGACUGUAGUGCCUGUAGAUGAUCACCUUCUCAACUGGGAUCCCUCUCAAACUAGAUGAAUUUUUUUCUUUCCUCCGCACAUAGGUAAAGUCCUUCCAGACGUCUGGCGGGACAGUAUUGUCCACAAACUGGGACGAAGUAGGUAAAGCUGAUUAUGAGGGCAAGGAUCGGCCUAGCGCGCCUGACGGACAAAAAUGGCAGAAGUGGUAGUUUCAAAAGAAUUGUUGAUGUUUCAUGCCGAAAGGGGGCUGUCGUAAAUCCCUAAAGAACCUAGGGCUUGCUUACAGUGCCUUAAGGUAUAUGAUUAUGAUAGGGUUCCUUGGAGGUGGAGGAGGGACUCGGCGCACAUCGAAGAGGACACUGCUCCCAUGCCUGUGGUUAUGAAGAUACGACUAGUCUUGAUAAUAGUUGCACUUCCUGCUGUACAUGCUGUCCUAUGUUGAACACAAGUACAGUAGUAGGUACUACGCAGGACUGGUGUCCCUCUUCUGGGCAUCUGUUUGAUGAGAAGAUACGAAGAUCAUACUGGACUCCCCAUGUUGGUUGUGAUUCCCCUCAUUGACUUGUCCAGCACCUGCUACACAGCAAAAAAACCUUUUCAAUAUUCUUAUAGACGACAGAAAUUGUUAUACAGAGAAUGAACUCAGAGACCACUAACUAUGAUUAUGGACGAAAGUCUUGAUCAUUCUUAUUGCUUCUAC